AGAGAGAAGGAAAUAUGGCAAACUCUCCCAAAGAAGGAGAGGAUGAGGCUUUCGUUUGUGCUUUUUUACUUUGCACUAAUUAUGUGUUUCCUUCAGUGUUCAAUGCUGCUAUUGAGCUUAAAUUGUUUGAAAUCAUAGCAAAGGCACCACCACCAAAUGCAGCAAUGUCAGCCUCAGAAAUUGCUUCUAAGCUACCAACACAACACCUAGAUAGGCUCACUGAAGAUGGUAGCACUGAGACAACUUAUGGACUCUCAUCUGUUGGAAAAUACUUUGCCAAUGAUGAAACAAAGGGUUCUUUCGGUCCCUUAAAAACAUUUUGCCAACAUCCUACACUGUUAAAACUUUGGCCAAAUUUUAAGGAUGUGAUAAUUGAUUCCGAGUACGACCUAUGCAAGAAGGUUCAUGGAAUGCCUUUCUACCAAUGCACUGAAAGAGAUCCACAACUGAAUUAUAUUUUCAACAGAUCAAUGGCUAAUAUUUGCGACAUAGAAAUGAAUAAGAUUCUUGAUGAAUAUAAAGGAUUUGAAGGAGUGUCAACUCUUGUUGAUGUGGGAGGUUGUACAGGGCAAACUCUCCACAUGAUAAUCUCCAAGUACUCUACAAUUAAGGGUAUUAAUUUUGACUUGCCCCAAGUAGUCGAAAAAGCAGCAUCUUACCCAGGGAUACAGCAUGUUGGAGGAGAUAUGUACCAUUAUGUGCCAAAGGGUGAUGCUAUGAUUCUAAAGACUGUGUUGCACAAUUGGUCAGAUGAAGACUGCUUAAGCAUUUUGAGGAACUGUCACAAUGCACUGCCACAGAAUGGAAAGGUGAUUGUGAUAGAAUUUAUAGCACCAGAAGAAGCAUCAGAGUCGAAUGUAUCAAAGCUUGUUUCCACCCUCGACACCAUCAUGUAUAUCACAAGUGGUGGGAAGGAAAGAAGUGAAAAGGAGUACGAGAAAUUGUGCACGCUUUCUGGAUUCUCAAGAUUUGAAGUUGUCUGCCGUGCAUUUACUGUCUUAGGAACCAUGGAAUUUCACAAAUGAAUUUACUUUCCAUCAACGAAUAGCUAGCCAGUUCAAAAACUCACUUCUAUGAAGCUAAUAAAGCUACCAAUAAGAUGAUCCAUCAUUUCAGCUGUACUUCUUCAAAAAGUGGUUGAGUUUCUGCUGAUUAGCAACUUUUCUUCA